GGCGUGGCACGCAGCGAGAGGCGGGAGAUGACAGGUCGCAGGUAGCGUCAGGUUGCUAACCGGCCUUAUCAGGUAGAAUCGCGUAAGGGAAGCAAAGCAACUACUAAAAGGCAAGCCUGGAACUUGUGAAUAGGACGGUCAAAUAUUCCGUAUUACGUGCGCCGUGUUUGUUUAGUCGCUGGGCGGAAGGAAGGGGGGGGAAACUCGGGGGAACUAUAAUUAUCUGCAAGAGUCAUUUUUCUCCUCCAAUUUUCUUUGGAGACGGCGACGCUUGCUAGCAACGUCGAGGCUCGCAACUACUGAGCGAAACAAGAACAGAAACGGACCCAACUAAUCCAAGAACGAUUGAAGCGUUCACUUAUUGAUCCUGUCAAAUAGCGACUUCAUUGUUUGUUUGGCCGGCUUCCAGUUCAAGUUUGCGAUUUGAGCAAACCGAUUGUUUUGCCACCGCACCAGUACGCAGUGGUGAUGGGCGACGUGGACCUAGAGCAGCAGGAACCCUUCCCCGUAGAGCGACAAGAUGAGAAGCGGGACCUCCCCGACGGGAGACGCAAGUUGGGAUGCUGCGACAAGUUCCAGCAAAGCGUCUCCAGGUGGAUGCUUCCAGAAGACGCCCGCAGCACCUACCUGCAGAGAGCCAACUGCUGCCCGCCACCCGUUUUCAUCAUCGCCAUCAGUGUCGUCGAGCUGUCCAUGUUCAUUUACUACGCCGUGUGGAAGCCGCAGAAGCAGUGGGUGACUCUGGAGGAAGGCAUCUGGAACAGCCGCCUCACCUACCGGGCCGAGUACAGGCAGGAAGCGUGGCGUUUUCUCUCCUACAUGUUUGUCCACGCCGGUGUGGAGCACAUCGUGGGCAACCUGUUCAUGCAACUGCUUCUGGGUAUCCCCUUGGAGCUGGUCCAUAAAGGCUUUGAGGUGGGAAUGGUGUACCUGGCCGGAGUCUUGGCGGGCUCGCUGGCAAGUUCCAUCUUUGAUCCCCUCAGCGCCCUGGUGGGGGCUUCCGGGGGGGUCUACGCCCUCAUCGGAGGCUACUUCAUGAACGCCGUGGUGAAUUUCCGAGAGAUGAUCCCGCUGCUCGGUGUCUUUCGCAUCCUUGUCAUCGUGAUUAUUGUGGGCGUGGACUUUGGCUUCGCCUUCUACAGAAGAUUUGCCGGCGAUGAGGGCGGUAUGAAGGUGUCGUUCGUGGCUCAUUUCGGUGGGAUCGUCGCAGGAAUGACGGUGGGCUACGUGUUCUUUAGCGACUACAACAAGAAGCUGCUGAAGGACCCUCGUUUCUGGAUGUGUAUCGUGGGCUACCUAGUUUUCUUCCUCUUUGCCGUGAUUUUCAACAUUUUCAUCUCGCCCGCUGCAUCUUAGCAUAGCCACUCAAUUAUUUAUUUGUAAUUCAUUUCUAGGUUGAUACUGUACUCGGUGCCUUACCUCUUUACCAUUUUACACAUAGCAUUUUAUUGUCAUUUAAUACGUCAUAUUAAAAAGUGUCCCAUUUUCAGUC